UUUUCAGGAUUUCAGUAAUAAAGUAAAAAUAAAUAUUAUGACAAGGCUUCAAGAAAUAAAACAUCACGAGUUUCCAAAAAAAGUAUUGAUGAAUGUAAUAAGUGGGAAAGAAAUAGUCGAGUUACUAAAAGAAAUGGAAUAUCGGCAAGCUUGCCGUAAAGCACUAAACGAUAAAGAACGAGAUCAAGAAAUUGCUUUAUGA